AUGCCUACCUCGCUCCCUAGCACCCCUUCGUCCAGCAAUAGGUCGUCCUCCACCUCUACACCCACCUCGUUGGGAUCCAUGUCUCCCAGCACAGCAGACAGCAGUGUCUCCUCAUCCUCUAACACCUCCCCCACCUCCGAAGCUACAAAGAAGCUCUCGCCUAGCUCACACGACCUAAUUCUGUCGCUCCUCCGCUCCGCCCAAUCUCCGCACUCUGUGGGGGUCUCCACUGCCCUCACCACUACCAAUCCCGCCCGCGCACGCCCUCGUGCCCGCGAGACCAGACCCGUCCAUGACGCGGUGGCGUACGGUUAUCUCGACGAUCCGAUUGUUGUGAAUGCACGUGCUGCAGCGAAGGCCCGGGGGGCGAGAGCAAAGAUGGAAUUUGAAGAGAGCCUGGGGAUGAGGAUGGCAAGGCCGGCGUCAAUGGAAACACUUGGGACAUUGAAGGACGCCUUGAGGAGGAGGGGAUUGCAGGAGCAUGAAGAGGAAAGGGAGGAGCAGGGAGGUGACGAGAAGGUCCUCGGGGAGCUGAACGACUUUUAG